UGCAAAUGACUGGAGAGCAGUCAGAUGGUUUCGCUUGGUUCUGAUAGCACAUGAAUUCUGUGUUUGGUAAGUUAGCUAGCUAGAUGUAGGCUAUUCGAAUUACACCAUAGUAGUAUAAAGCGGUACAAGCGGAUUAAUCAAAACGUGUGCGCUGCUAAGCAGAAAGGUUGCUGGGAACGUGUUUGAUUGCGUUAUCGCUCGAGGGAGAAGUUCAAACAGCAAAGAUGCCUCCAAGAAUGGAUGACGUCAUGAGACUAUGUUGCGAGCUGUCUACUAACCAGCAGAUGAAGGCAGCUGUGAAGAAUUCUGGGAAGGGUGCUAUGCUGGCUGGGGCAGUAGCAUUCGCAGGAGGACUGAUGGGAGGUCCUCCGGGAAUUGCAGUAGGUGGUGCUGUGGGGGGGCUGCUGGGAUGUUGGAUGACCAGCGGGCAGUUCCGACCCCUCCCUCAGAUCAUCCUGGAGCUGCCGCCCCAGCAACAGCAGAAGCUGUACAACGACAUUACGGGGGUGCUGGGCUCGCUCGACUGGACCGACGUGGCCCAGCUGGUCGCCCUGGUGAUGGGGAACGCUACACUCAAGCAGCAAGUGACCGCGGCUCUCCUGAACUACGUCACCCGUGAGCUGAGGGCGGAGGUGCAGUACGGCGACUGAUUCCACACCCUCCAUCCACAGCUCCAUAGUUUAUCAAACUGUUCUGAAAGGGAGAACACAUCCAUAUGAUAUACAGGAGGUCUGGCUUUUCCCCUCGAUUGGGAAGAGUACUCCACCCAAUAGGAAGAAGAACAGGAAAAAAAACUCAUCAAAAUCGAAAGCAUGUCAGUUUGAGGAAAGCCUUAUUCGUUUUGACUUGAAUUUAAGAGUGGAUGCAUUAUACCUGGACACUGGACAAGAUGCCUCUGGUUUACUGUGGUACAAUGUUUGCUUGUUACUUAAGUGACAAGGAUGACUGUUAUGAAUGUGUUUUACUGCUGUGAAAUUCGGGUGGGUUAAAAUGAAGAAAUGUAUAGGUUGCUCUAUGUGCAUUCAUAAUAGCAAUAUUUCUUUCAUGUGCUUCAAAUGAAUCUCGAGUGGGUCUUCUCCACAAGAAAAUUAUAUUUUUAGAUUUGUUUUAUUUUUUGAAUUGGAGAAAAUCAAUAAAAUUUUGAAACUAGGCAUAUACUGUCCACCAUAAAGGCUUAGCUUAAAAUGGUUGAAUAAAUGUGCACUGCACAUAACCAUGCAUUGAUCAGUAAUCGGAUGCCUAUAGGUACAGUAGCACCACUUGGACAACUGAAUACUGAUAAAUCAGUGGCUUUUAAAUUUUUAUAUGUGCCAAACAAUUCCAAUAGGCCAUCGAAUGGAUUCAACAUUCAGCGCAAGGGAAUACUUUUUCCUAUGCACAAACCAGCCAGAUGUCAAGACACUACUUUUUAUAUUCACUCCUAUUCAUUUAUGAGUUGUUGGCCUUGUACACUCGAGUGCCAGGAGUCUGUUUUCAGUCUCCAUCUGAUGAUGAUUAUUAUUAUUGUUUGUUAUAGUAGUAUUAUAUCAUAUAAUAUAAACAAUAAACAAUGCAAUUUA